AUGUUAACAUUAUCUGAAAAAUUUCAUGAACAAAAUAAUCAUUUUCAACAACAAUUUGAUGAAUGGUCACCAUUUGAACAAAUUUAUGCAUCAGUUGAAUUAACAAAAAAAUUACAAUUAUCAUAUCGUUAUUAUCUUUUACAAUUAUUAUCACAAACAAAUAAUCAACAAGAAAAUAAUGAUAUGUUUCAUCAUACAGUUCAUCAAGCAAAUACACCAGCUAUUAUUGUUUGUCUUCUAUCAGAUCCAUUGGAUAAAAUUAUAUCAACACUUCAACUUUAUUUACCAUUAGUAUCAAUGAUAACAAUAAAUGAAAAAUUACUUGAUUCAUAUCAUGAUGUAUUAAUUUAUUUAGAUUCAAAAUUAAAUAAUCCAUUAAAUUUUUCUUAUACAGAACAACAAUUAAUUAAUUUUUGUCAACAAAUUAAAUUUUUUAUUCAAACAAAUCCAUGUUUACAAAAAUUUUUAGUUGAUUUACCACAAUUAAAUAUUUUAACAACUUCAUCAACAAUAAUAAUUUAUAAUGAAAAUAAAGAUGAGAAAUCAUUAUCAUCAUCUCCAUCAUCACAAAGACAUCAUCAACCAUUACAACGUUAUCCAUCAAUUCGUCUUCAUCAACAAACACCACCACCUCCACCAUUAAUGAAUUUUUCUUCUGAAGGUUCACAAAAUUCUAUAUUAUCUCAACAAUUAACACGUCAUAUAACUACUGAUAGUGGUCUUGAUUUAACUGAACCAAGUAUAAAUAAUUCUGUACAAAAUAUUUUAUCAAUACAAGAUUCACAACAUACAAUUAUUGGUCGUUCAAAUUCUGAUAAUUUAACAUUAAUUAAUAAUGAACAAGAUAAUCAAAAUGAACGUAUAUUUGUUGUUAAAUCAGCAUCAUCACCAACAACUGAACAAAAAAUAUCAAAUAAUUCAUCAUCACUUAUACCAUUAUCAGCUGUAUUAAGUGCACCAGCACCAUCAAUUCAUUCAUAUUAUUCAGAAUAUCGUCAACAAAAUUCAAAUUAUCAACAACAAAUGAAAACAACAUUAACAAUAAGUGAUGAAGAAGAACAAGAAUAUCAACAACAACAACAACAAAAUUCAAUUGAAAAUUUUCAAUUAGAUAUUAAUAAAAAAGAUAAUUAUAAUCGUUUAGGUCAAUAUCAUUCAUUUUGUAAUCGAAAUACAAGAAAAUAUCCAAGAAAUAAUACAGAAAUUGUAUCACCAUAUUUAGGUGUUGAUAGUAAUUCGGGUUCUAUAACUAAUAAAUUUCUACAACCAAAUAGUGGCAUGCGUGAUGUACCAAAAUGGUUAAAAACUCUUCGUUUACAUAAAUAUGCUUUUUUCUUUUCACAAAUGACAUAUGAUCAAAUGAUGAAUUUAACUUAUGAACAAUUAAAAGAAGGAAAAAUAACUGAUGGUGCAUGUACUAAAAUAUUAUUAAAUAUUAAAAAAUUAAAAGAACGACAAAUAUUAUUACAAAAAUGUCUUAUUGAUAUUGAUAAUGGACAAAUUGAUAUAAAAACUGUUUUACAACAAUUAAAUGAAUUAAUGUUAACACCAAUACGUGUUAAACAAAUAGAUAAAAUUAAUGAUAAUGAUGAAGAUUUACCAAAAUUAAUUAUGCAAGUACUUGAAAAAGUCUAUCAACAAUUAACAUGUAAUAAUUCAUCAACACAUUUAUUAUCUGAAAUGUGUAAUAAUUUAGUUGGUUUAUUUGAUCGUUGUUAUAAACAUGAAGCUUUUUCAGCUGAUCAACGUCAUACAUUAUUACAUUGGCGUGGUCCAUUAUGUAAUAAAUUACAAACAUCAGGUAAAAUUGAUUUUAAAUCAAUGCAAUCAUCAUCAUCAUCAUUAAAUCGUCGUGUACAACUUAAACCACAAACAAGUAUGGGUAAUAUAAAUACAACACAAAUAUCACGACCAACAGUACGAAAUAUAAAAAGUACAUGUUCAUAUUUUUCAAAUUAUAAUAAUAAUAAUAAUAAUUCAAUACCAUUAUCAAGACAACAUAAUUUAGAAUUAUUAAAUCAAAAUGGAAAUAAUUCAAUAGAAUCAAAUCGACAUACAAUUAAAUCACCAACAUUAAUGUUUUCUAUAAAUGAUGAUUAUUAUAAUGAUUCAACAAUAUUAACAAAUCAUUUAUCAAUAACAUCAACACCAUCAUUACAAGAACAAUUAAUAAAUCAUCAAACAACACCAUUUUUAAUUGAACGUAAUGGUAAUGGUACUGGAAAUUUUCGUCCAUCAUUUAAUUAUAUAAAAACAACACCAUCAAAUACAAAUAAUAAUAAUACAUAUUUAUCUACAAAUCAACAUCAAUUAUUAACAAGAAAAAAAAGUAUUGAUCCAUAUGGUGAAAUAAAUUCUAAUGAUAAAACAAAAUUAUGUAAAACAUAUAGUGAUCCAAAUAAAAUUCGUUCAUAUAAUACAAAACAAACAUCAUCAUCAUCAUCAUCACAACAAUCAACUUAUGGUAUGACAUUAACACCAUAUUCAUCACAAAAGUAUUUAAUCAAUACACCAAUAUCAACAACAAUAAAUUCAAAUAAUGAAUUAUUAAUUCAAAAAUCUUAUUCAGAUACAAAUUCAUCUAUUUUCUAUGGAAAUGAUAAUAAUUCAAUAAAAACAUUAUCAUCAUCAAAUGAUAAACAAACAUAUCAUAAUCCUACAGAAUUUGAAAAAUUUUUUCUUCAAGUUACUGAAAGUGCUAUGAAUGAUGAUAAUACAUCAAUUAAUCAUAAUGAAGAUUCUUCAAAUAUAAAAAUAUCUUCAACAGAUACUGAAUAA